UUUCUUCAUUUCUGGAGUUUCAACAUGUUGCUGCUGCUGCUGCUGCUGCUGUCCAACACCGUCGGCCUGUGGGCUCAGCGGGUGUCGGGCCUCAGGAAGGACGGGUCGUGCAUGUGCAAAGUGAACUCCACCAUGUGGGUGUUUCCGGCCGUGAAGUUCGAGUCGGUGCUGGAGGAGGUGGACGCCUGCGAAGGAUCCCUGGACGUGAUGCAGAAACAGGUGGCGCUGUCCAGGCAGCAGCUCCCUCAGAUGGAGGCUCAGGUUCUGAACGCGUCGGCCCGGCUGCAGCCCCACCAGUACCUGCAGCACCAGGGCCUGUACACGGCGCUGACGCUCAGACAGCUGGGCCAGGAGCUGCAGCAGCUGGAGACCCACAUCGGUGUGGUACACAACCAGCUGAACAACACGCAGACACGCCAGCUGUCCAGAGAGGUGGAUAAACUACGCACUGAUGUAAACAAACUACAAACUUCAGACACAGUGAACAUGAAGACUGUCAGAGAGAAACUCCGUUACCUGAACAACAACGUGGAGUCCUGCAAGUCCAUCCCCAAAGACUACAGAGGUACCUGUGUGUGUCUGUGUGUGACUCUGUGUGUGACUGUGUGGGCGCUGUACGCCACCGUCGGUAACCACGGCAACCUGGUGGCCAGCCGGCUGGUUUGGGACGACGAGACCAAGAGUCUGAACGUGACGCAGACGUGGCAGACGAGGCUGUUCAAGAAGGCGGUGAGCAACGCCUUCAUGGUGUGCGGCGUGCUGUACGCCACCCGCUACCUGGACGAGCACCGCGAGGAGGUGUUCUACGCCUUCGACACGGCGACGGGCAAAGAGGACAACUCGCUGGCGCUGCCGCUGGAGAAGAUCGCCAAAGGAGUGGCCAGCGUGAGCUACAACCCCAUCGACAAGCAGAUCUACAUGUACAACGAUGGAUACCUGCUGGCCUACCAGGCCCACUUCUGACCUGCUGCUGGAGGCGCCGCCAAGAGGAAGCAGAGUGGCACUAAAUAAAGAAUUCAUGUUACAGCUAAAUGUCAGAUUAUGACGACUCAUGCAGGUAUUAAAGGUGUGUUUACAUGUUCGUAGUGACCCUGAACACAACAGAACUGAAUCAACAAUAACAACCAGAAGAAAGGCUCAGUAACUAUAAAAAGCUUUACCAGCACUUUUUACAUUAAUAAAUACGAUUGUGUUGUUUCACAUCUUGUUUCUGUUGAUUCAAACCUUCCUGAUGCUUCAUGUUAAUGCAAAUACUAAAAUGAUGUCAUUUAUUUUAGAACAAAUGUCUUUGAACGCAACACAGCUGAAAUAUCAAAAUCAACCACAAUAAAGACCAAAACGAAGCUUUAA